AUGAACAAAGUAAUAGGGAGUAUGCUCGGAAAGUCGAUAGAGCAAAUAUUUGAAGAAAUUCAAGUUGAAGAGGUCAGGGCUAAACGCCAAGCUGAAAUUGAACCUCAGUUGAGAGAUAAGGGCAAGGGUGCUGAAGGCAGUGUUGCAGUGCCUGAAAGAUCAAUUGUUCCAUCACUAGUUGUUGAAAAUCAUGUUCCUAUAUCUUCUGUGUCUGCUAUCUUUGAAGAAGAUGUAUCACUUGAAGAUAUUGCUGGAAAUGACGAUGAAGAAGAUAAUGAGGAGGAUAAUGAUAAAGAGGGUGAUGACGGAGAGGAUGAUGAUGUUGAAAAAGUGUUUUCUGCGAGUAGUCAUGGUUCUGAUGAUGACAAUGAUGACGAUGAUAAUUAG